AUUGUGACAGUGUGGGAUACUAGUUUGUGUUUAUUUAAAAUGUUUCGUUACACUUUAUUCGUGAUGAUUAUCAAAAUUGUUAUAGCUGCUUCAAAUGAAACUGCUUCAGUACGAUUAGAGCCCCUUACAAAAUAUAAGAUUGUUGAAUUAACGGAAAUGGCAGAAUUGUGUGGCCAUUUGGAGCUAUCAGAAUCCGAAGAUGAAAAAUUAAAGAAAACGGCCCUUUGUAAUCUUGAAACGAAAUCAAUAGAUGGGAAAAUGUACAUCAGUGCUUCCAGUGUCUGCAAAUGUGUUGGGUUUGAAACUAAUCUUAUAAACAAAACAAAGCUGACGCACGAUGAAAGAAAUCACACAGAUUAUACAGAUACUCCUCUUAGUACUACAGUUUCAAGAUCAGAUGUUAAUACUAGUAGUACUAGUGUAAACGACACUGUACUAUCAAGUGAAAUAAGUACUAAUAUCGAUUCAACAACAGAUUUUACAUUUGAAACUCCAUAUCCGAUCACAAUAAGCGAAGUGAUGACUUUGCAUGAUACCACAUGGAAUACAACCAACCCUACGGAUUACACCGAAGAAUUGAGUGACAAAACUCCAUAUGAAGAAACUGAUGUAUGGUUGAUAGACUUAAUUUUAAUAUUUAAUACUACGACAACAGAUUCAAUGUUUGCGACUACCUAUCAAAAUAAAACAAGCGAGGUGGCUGAUGUGACAUUGAAUACAACCAUUGACACUAUUAAUUAUACUGAAAUAUUGACUGAUAAAACUCCACAUGAUGAAACUGACCUGAAAGAGGUGAUUUUGACUACUUACCGAAAUAAUAAAACAAGCGAAGCUUUUGAUGUGGAUAAUACAACAAUAAAUACAACCAAGAGCACUAUUGAUUACACUGAUGAAUUAAACUAUACAACUUUGCAUAAUAAGAUGGGUUUAUUUUCAAAACGGGAAAUUUUGACAACUAUUGCUACGAUAACAGAUACGACAGUUGAGACAGCACAUGAAAAUAAAACAAGCAAACUGAUUGCUUUAGAUUAUACGACGCUAAAUACAACCAACAACACUUUUGAUAAACCCAAUGAUACAACUUCACACAGUCGAACUGAUCUUUUGUCGAAAGAGGAAAUUUUAACAACUAUUGCUGCAUUAACAGAUACGAUAGUUGAGACUACGUCAUAUGAAAAUAAAACAAGCAAACUUAUUGCUUUGGAUAAUAACGACACUGUUAUUUAUGGUGAUGAAUUAAGUGAUAAAACAUUGCUUGAUGAAAUUGACACAUGGACAAAAGAGGAAACUUUAAAAACUAAUGCCGCCAUAUCAAAUACGACAAUUAAGACUAUAUCGCUCCCCGAUGAUGAAUUAAGUUAUACAGAUGAUAUGGAAUUAGCUAAGGAUAUAUUAGAACAAUAUCAUGCCAUGAAAAACGCAUCUACUGAUAUUUUUACAAAAGACUCAGAAGAAAGUUAUCACAGUUCUUUUAAAUCCUUCGAUUAUAAUAAUUACGAUAGUGAUUAUGGUGAUAAUAGUGAUUUUUUUAAAAAAACAGAGAGUGUUACGAACUAUGAAAAAAACACAGAAUGGUGGAAUAAAUAUAGUUCAAAACAACCAUACAAAAUAUCUAAAUCUUCACCAGAUACAAAUAAUGAUAGUGAAGAGUCUCAUACAACUCUUACAAGUUUUGCCAAGAAUAAUGAUGAUGAAAUUAGUACAAAGAUAAUUAAAGAAUGGAAAGAUGGUUCAGGAGACGGAUCCAAUUUAGUUGAUGAUGAUGAUUUUAAUGAACGUACGAGUGAUUCAAAAACUGAUACCUUAAAUACUCCGACGGACACAACAUUAUCACAAAAGAACAGUAAUAUCAGGUACGGUGAACGUACGAGUGAUUCAAUAACUGAUGGUACCUUAAAUACUCCGACGGAAGCAACAUUAUCACAAAACAACAAUAAUAUUCGGUACGGCAUUAUUGCGCUCCUUGUCUUUCUUUUGGGUGGGAUAGCUUUAGUUGUCCACUUGUGGUGUGUUAAAAGAGGUUCAUACAAUUUAAAUGCGGCUAAUAGUAGUAAUAUAGAAAUGGCUUCAAAGUAAGGAACUAUGACAUCUUUCUAGGAAUAAAGCCAUAUUGGAAAACUUUGAACAACUUAAUUUGUGACGAAUUACAUUUAUUUAUUUUUUAUUUUAUUAUUGUGAGGUGGUCUUAUUAUUAAAUGGUCUAUAAAAACGCUCGUCUGCCCGCCCUGAGUUUGACCAUGAUUCGCACGGGCGCUGUCGCCCACUCGGUGGCGCGGUGAUUUAUUGCAAAUGGCGUGAAAGCGAAAACGCCCGUAAAACGCGGCGUUUACUGCGCGUUCGAUUGCUUCAUGUGUAAAUGCCUUUACGCAUCGUUGUGAUUGCCUUUGAUUGUGUAUUUUGUAAACAUCGAUGAUUUGAUUUUUAUAGCUUUGAAUAGGAAAGCGA